GGCGAGAUGUUGGGGAGGGACAUGGUGGAGAGAAUGAACGGGUUCUUCUUCGUCCAAUAACUGAGAUGGAGGAAAGGGGAGUAAGGUGAGAGGGGUAACGGAUGGAGACAAAACCAGGGGAGGUAGGAGUAGUGAAGAUAGGGGUGGUAGAAUAGUUGGAAGGUGGGUAACAGACGACGACAAAACCAAGGGAAAUAAAGGCGGUGAAGACGGGGGGGUUGAGGUCAUGAGUGGUGAAGUGGUUGAAGCACGGAGAGGGGGGGUAGUCGUAGGUGAGACCCGAAGAGGGGACUCUGCAGCUGGUAAUGCAGGCAUCGUCAUGGAUGCCAUGGAGGAACACACUGAGACCAAGGGCGACACAAUAGCUGCGGUGGCCACGGAUGCUAUGGAGGAACACACCGAGACCAAGGGCGACACGACAGUUGCGGGUCUAGUUGCUCCCGUGGAAUCAAUCAUAGAAGCAACCAAGGCCGAUGAGGAAGAGGCUGUGAACCGGAAAGGGGCAGCCAAGGUCACAAACGACAAGGAGGACGCAGGUGCGAUAGACGCAGGUAAUGAAGAAGAGGUUGUCAUAGGUGUGAUAGGCGCCGGUAAUGAAGAAGGGGUUGUGACAAGCGUAGUCCGAGGACAGUGGGUGGAUACCUGAGAAAGCGGGUGGCGAAUAGACCAUCGAAGCAUGUUGUGGAACCAGCUUGAGAGGCGGGUCACGUGCGCAGGGUACCUGUGUUGACGUUUACGAAUAUAGGAAGUCCAUCCUUUCGCAAGCGUUGUUGGAGAGUGCCCAUGAAAAAGCGUGCAGUGUGUGAGCAUCGCUGCUGCAGUCUUGAAAUCAUACCAGGUGUUGCUGACAUACUCAAACCUAGUAAGCUGGCCUGUAAACACUCCCACCGAUUGGUAUGCAGGGACUUUAGACGUAGCACUACGAUAAUGAAUAACAGGGAAAUUC